CUAAACGCAAGGUCCAUAAACCUGUGAAAGGUGUUUUAAGACUGGGAAUUGAGAAGCACCAGACAUCUAAUGCAGAGCUGGAAAAUAUUUCCGAAAGUGGCAGCAUGACCAAUGAAUCUAUGGACCUAGGGGAUCAAGUUACUGAUGCAAUGUUCAUUAAGAGCCCCAACAAUGGUUCUGAUGGGCCUCAGAAUAGCAAUUCCAAGUGGAUUCCUAGUGAUGAGAAAAAUGCAUCUGGAAAUGGAAACACUCAUGGAAAUCCGGAUCUCAAUGUUGGUGAUUUCCAGGCAUUUGACUUUCGGACAACUUUGAGAAACGAACUAUUCUUGCAGCUUUUCCAUUCUCUAUAUGUAUAUCCUUUAACUGUGAGCUUGAGUUGGAAAAGGAAUCUAUUUGUAUGAGUUGAGCUGAGAAAGGAUGAUGCAGACGUUCAUAGACGAGCUAAAAUUGUUGAGUGAUACUUUGCACUAUGAUUUUUAAACUCGUCUUAUUGUUCUUUCUGUGCUACUGAUAUGACUAGGCAAUGUAUCCAAGGGAACCUGGUUUAUCACUUCAGAAGUGGGCUCACACGCAAGUUGCUGUUGGUGUGGCCUGCUACCAUGAUGAAAUUAAAGUUUCUCUCCCUGCUGUUUGGAUACCAUUGCAUCACCUUCUAUUCAUUUUCUUCCAUGUUGAUCUUCAAAUGAAACUAGAAGCCCCAAAACCAGUAGUAAUUGGAUAUGCAGCACUUCGAUUAUCCACCCAUGCACAGUAUGCAACUGCCCUUAUGUUUGUCAUCUUUUGUUUUGUUUCUUUCCUUGAUGAUUUAUUAACUUACAUUAUUUGUUCUGCUACUGGAGUGAUUGGUAUGGUAGUUCAUGGUAUUGGAAACAAACAGGGGGCAGAAAUAUAAUCACCUAUUCAGUAUUCUAGUGGUUUGUUAAGUUAAUGUUAUAAUUUCAAUUGUCAGGAGAGGCUGGGUUAUUUGGAAGAUGGAAAAACUAUUUUUAAAUUGCAAUUAAGGCUUUGCUCAUCUUUUUACCCAAUUAAUGAGCGCAUAUGGGAUUUUUUUCUUGAAUACGAUAGACACUCUUUGAACAAGUCCUCCAUGUGGUUCUGAACUUUUGGAGGGUGGUCAAUAUUGGAGCAACUGCUUUAGUUACAGACACAGCAACAACAAUAUUUGGAGAAACUGGUGCUAGUGUAGCAACUGGAGUGACUGUAUGUAUAUAAAAAUUCUAUCCUCUUUAUGUGCCCCACAUACCCAACCUCCUUGUCUGCCUCUAUUCGUACUUGUAUGUAACUCAUUGUGAAUUUGUAGUAAAUUAGAGUAAAAGGCUAAAAUUUGUUUCAGGAUGAAUCUCUUUAAGUUAGCUCCUGAGUUGUAUAGUUCGCUAUUACAAAGUUUUGUAUUUCGUUUGUAAACAAUAAAGGAAGAAUGAAUAAGAAAUCUUAUU